UCCUUGUAGACUGAAAUGGUGAACGAAUUUAGAAAACACAAUUAUAAUGUGACAGUAGAUAUUUUGGAUAGAAAAAUGAGGAAUAUGAAAAAAACAUACCGAACAAUCAAAGACAAUCAAAAAUCAAGUAGCCGAGGAAGAAUAACCUGGGAGUUUUUUGAAACAUUUGAAAACAUAUUCUUUGAUGAUAAAACAAUGAAUAUCGGACCAACAUUGUCAUCUAUGCAAUGUAUAUUUCAGCCAAACUCAGAACAAACACCUAAACAACGGGAUUCAGUAUCGUCUGAUAAUUAUGAUUUGAUCAGUGUACCAUCAAGAGAUUUGACAAAACCGCACUAUGAUUGUAAUUCCUUAUCAAAAGAUUCAACUGCUUCUUUUAAAAAAUCUUUUACGCCUUCGGAAAAUUCCACACUGCCUUCAAGAGAUCAGAGAUCACUCUCAAGAUGCUCUAUAUUACCCUCAACAGACUCAAGACAGUCUUCGAUAGAUUCAAAAUCUGCGUAUGAUUCUUAUGAUUCAAUAAUGUUAAAAAUUGUUCAAAUCCGGAUGAUUCACAGCCAUUAAAAAGUCCAGCAAGUCCAUCUUCAGAUGAAGAAGGCAAAAAGGGUACGGUAUUAAGGCGCAAACCAUAUUCCAUGAAAGUAUUAUCCCCAUUUUUCCUUUAUAUGGAUAAAACCAAAGUACAAUACCAAAGUCCAAUCUAUAGACAUAUAGACAUAUAAAUGAAACCAAAGUACAAUAUACAGAGUUGUUUAUUAAAAAUAAAUAUAUAUUUUAU